UAAAUACCCUAUCAAGAUAUCAGUUGAUUGGAACUUUCAGUUGUGAGUUAUGGAGCCAUCUCCGAUGGCUCGUCAGCUUCAGAAGACGAGACUGAUGAUGUACGCUACCUUCGGGGUGACCGAAGCGCUAGGAGUUGUUGCUGUGUUUCUAGUGUUAAACUGGGUUGUUCACAGUCUGGGAGGGUUUGCCUGGGAUGGGAGUUCACAGCAGUUCAACUGGCACCCAUUUCUGAUGGUGACAGCUUUCGCGUUCCUGAUGGGUAACUCGUUGGUGCUGUACCGAGUGUUCUACUUCUUGGACAAGAAGGUGGCCAAAGUGGCACAUAGUGCUAUCCAUACUGCCAGUCUGGUGUGUAUCAUGCUGGCCCUGUAUGCAGUAAUAGACAACCACAACCAGAGUAACACCAACAACAUGUACAGUCUCCACAGCUGGAUUGGAAUGACCACAUGUGUGCUGUUCUUCUUACAGUUGGUGUUCGGAUUUGCUGCUUAUCUUGUACCUCAGUUUCCGGAGAGCAUCAAGGCCAACAUGAUGCCAAUACAUCGCUUCAUGGGGACUUUGAUCUUUUGCAUGGGCAUCGCCAGCAUCAUCUCAGGAAUAACUGAGAAGGCGAUCUUCACUUAUGCAGGAGAAUACCAACAUCUUCCAGGGUGGUCGGUAGAAGCUAAUCUCCUUGGGCUUGCAGUGGCAUUAUACGCAGUAGGAAUUGGAAUCCUAGUCACAAAUCCCUCUUUCAGUAGGGAAGAUAAUAUAGCCCAAAUGUGGGAAAAUCUGAACGAUUAGACCCAGAUCUUGUUCUGUCUUUUUUUAAAUCGUUAUAACGUCAUCUACCUGCUUCCGUAGCUGCCUGUCCAUUUUUCAAUGGAGCCUCUUGAUGCUGCGAACAAACUAGUGCAGUAUUGCACGAUUCAGUUAAAUUUGUGUAUAGAAAGUUGGAGAAAAUUUAUAGACAAAAUUAUUAAAAAAGUGUCAAUUCGACUUGGUUGUAUGUCUUGAAACUUUCGUAGUCUGGGUGAAUUUUUGGAAACGCAAAUUCUGAGUGAAAAUCUAAAAUCAGCAUGGACGAUUUUGUUGCAUUAGCCUCGAUAACUCUCAUUAAUGAGUUUUGUCUAUUCUUCUAUUCUAUUUUUCCUAGCUCUCUAUAUCCCCUAGCUUUAGUGUUCAAGCAGAUUAGCAUGCGCCAUUUAUGUUCUGAUCUGGUAUUUUCUUAAAUAAAUGUCAAUAACUGUGGCUAUUAAUCAAAUAUUUGGCUUCAUAGUAAGAUACCUAGUGCUCAUAAUCUAGAUUCCCGACGCCGAUGAAGGUGCUUCAGCUUCGGGUAUUUAUCAACUUCCAAUCACAAUUUUACGCAAUCAUCCAUUCUAGUAAUGUAAUUGACCAAUUAUCUUUGUUAUACCCACUUGCGAAGACCCAUUUCGGCCUCUUUCCCUUAAAAUAAUGAGUUUUUCUGUCUACUAAUACUUUUGAAAUCAAUUUCAAUUCCUCGCAAGUGCCAAAUCAAUAAAAUUGUAAAUGUUAUAAAUAAUUAAUGCAAAUGGUCUAAUGUUUUUUGUUGAAUCAUAAAAAUACUCCAA